AUGAGCGCGGAAAACACUGCUGCGCUGCUGGGUGGGGAGACGAGGAGAACUUGCAAGAUUCCCGUGGAACAUUUGGACUACGAUUACAUCCGGGAGUGCAAUGACGUGAAGUACCUGGAAAAGAUUCUGAACAUGUUGAGAUCUGGGGAAGAGGGCAUAUAUCCCCACCUCAUACAGUUCUGUGAGGAGCGCAUAGAGAAGCUGGACCCGAAGAGCCGCGCUCUGCGGAAGGACCUGCCUCCUGCCACAGCGGCCAGUUUCUCAGCAGAUGAAUGGAGACAAAUCAGUGAAGAGCUGAAGACAUGGGAGCAAGAAGUUAAAACGAAUGAAGUGGAACUCAGACGGCUGGCAGUCUUCGAUGAUGUAAAGAAGGCGCCCCCCGUGCGUGGCUCAAAUUGCUCUGUUCCUCUUAAUCAGAACACUGUUAGUAAUGGAGUUAAGAAAAGCAAAGAGACUCCCCUUCCUCGGGAUUACAGAGAAUGGGACAAGUUUGACGUUGAAAAAGAAUGCCAAAUAAUUGACAAGGGUAUUGAAGUAAGCAGUUCUCCAACAGCUCUGCCCCAGAUCAAACAGAAGGUGGACACAGAGGCUUUGACGCUGAAAGAGAAAGCCAUCAUAGCAGACCGCGAAAAAGAUAAAGGAAAUGAGGCAUUCAAAGCUAAAGAUUAUGAAGAGGCGGUGGUGUAUUAUACAAGGAGUCUGUCAGUACUGCCAACCGCAGCUGCAUACAACAACAGGGCCCAGGCCAAGAUCAAACUCCAGCACUGGCACAGCGCCCUCCGUGACUGUCAGAGCGUGCUGGAGCUGGAGCCUGGCAAUCUGAAAGCCCUGCUGCGCCGCGCCACCGUGCAGAAAGAGCUGGGCCAGCUGGAGACGGCUGCCGAGGACCUCAGGAGCGUGCUGCAAGCCGAGCCACAAAACACCAUUGCAGAGAAACUUCUGCUGGAAGUGAAACAGAAAAUGACUGACAUUCCAGCAGAAGGGCAGAAGAAAGGCAAAAAAAUACUCAUAGAGGAAGUGGAGGACAAUGAGGAGCAAAGUAAGUGGUCACACGAUCUACACCAGCCUCUGUGUCCAGCUGAACCCAGCCAGCGUGUGGGUGGGGAGAGCGUCGCUGCUCCUGCUGAGAGGGGAGACGAGAUGGGGAACGCGCAGAAAAAGCCCCCCAGCAGAGGGGAUGGGGGCCCCCAUGCCGAGCACGCCCACCAGGGCCACCGGAGGAGCAAGAGGGGGAGCAUAGACAAGUGCAGAGUGCAGGACUCCGCAAAGAAGGAUCUGGUGAACGGAGCGCAGGGGACCAAGAGCCAUGAGGCUGACCAGAGCGGCCACAGUGAGGCUCAGCCCGGCGGGGACAACAGCCGGCUCGACGCCCCCUGCGGGGCGCUGCCCCCCCCUCUGGCCCGGCUCAAGAAUGAAGGGAACCAGCUCUUCAAGAACGGACAGUUUGCCGACGCUCUGGAGAAAUACUCCCAGGCCAUCACCGGCUUCACAGACGCAGGUAUCGACAGCCCAGAGGAUCUCUCUAUACUCUAUUCAAAUAGAGCAGCAUGCUACCUGAAAGACGGGAACAGCACAGACUGCAUCCAGGACUGCACCAAAGCCCUGGAGCUUCGGCCCUUCUCCCUCAAGCCCCUCCUCCGCAGGGCCAUGGCUUACGAGUCGCUGGAACGCUACCGCAAGGCCUACGUGGACUACAAGACCGUGCUGCAGAUCGACAUCGGGGUGCAGGCCGCCCAUGACAGCGUCAAUAGGAUCACCAAGCUGCUGAUCGAACAGGACGGUCCUGACUGGAGGGAGAAGCUUCCGGAGAUCCCCCUGGUGCCCCUGUCGGCCCAGCAGCACCGGAGGGAGGAGCCGCCGAGCGAGGAGGUCCUACAGGCCCGGGCCGCCCGCGCCGCCGAGGAGGCAGCCAAACGGGCGGAGGCGCGGUUCGCCUCGCUGAAGCAGGAGGGGAACGACUGCGUGAAGAGGGGCCAGCUCCAGGAGGCUGUGGAGAAGUACAGCGAAUGCCUUAAGCUGAAGCCGGACGAGUGCGCCAUCUACACCAACAGGGCCCUGUGUUACCUGAAACUGGAGCUUUUCGGAGAGGCCAAACAGGACUGUGACACAGCCCUGCAGAUGGAGCCCACCAAUAAGAAGGCCUUCUACAGACGGGCCCUGGCCUAUAAAGGUCUAAAGGACUACCUGGCGUGCAGCUCAGACCUGCAGGAGGUGCUCCAGCUGGACCCCAACGUGCAGGAGGCGGAGCGGGAGCUGGAGGAGGUGACGGUGCUGCUGAGGCAGAGUCUGGCCGCAGGCUCCCCGGGCAAACCCAGGAAGAGCGUUCCUAUCAAGGAGGUGGACGGCAGCGACGAGGAAGCGGACACGUCGGGCAGGACCAGCGUGGAUGGAGGAGAGGGCCCCUGUGCCACGGGCAACCACUGCAGCGCGGGCACGGAGCGGCCCGCUAACGCCUACGAGUUCGGACAGGCCCUGAACGCGGCGCGGUCCCAGGGCGACACGGCCGCGGGCGCGGAGCUGCUCCGCGGCGUCCCCCCGGAGACGCUCCCCCUGUACGUCAGCAACCAGCUGGACGGGCACACCGUCGGCUUCAUCAUGCAGGCGCUGGACGGACACCUGCUGCAGGAGGACCCCUACCUAGUGUACCAGCACCUCAGCCACUUGCACACAGCGGAGAGGUUCUCGACGGUCCUGCUGCUUCUGGACAAAAACGAGCGGCGGCAAAUGACUCAGCUGUUCGAACACCUGUCCGCCGUGGAGGCCGAGGGCUUCACAGCCAACGACGUGCAGAACCUGGCCAACAAGUACAUCUGAGCACAGCGGCCGCAGCACCCUCCCUGCAUGCGUUCAUCCACAGACGGAUCUAUGCAAACCCUUCCAGGCUGCUGUUAAAAGAAGCUGCGUCACACCUCCAAAGGAAUGUACCACUCGAAUCUCCAAGAAGCAAAACAAAAAAAAAAAAAAGAAAAAGUUUUCACGGGAAAAAGGUCUUGCGUAAUAUCUAGGGAGCGUAACAGGCCAUAGAACUUUGGAUUCUCUCAAGCCCACUUUAGUCGGUUUAUGACUUUACUUUUCAUCUUACUAAUCUCAGCCCCGGGGUAUAUAGUGUGAAUUCACCUAGGGUUUCAUCAUCUUCAGCCGCGGUUGAAGGCUGUUAAGAGGCCUGUGUUUCCUGGAACGCACAGGAACAGAGCAGGUUAUGGCGCACUGUGCUUGGGAGUAUCUGCACGCAGGGGCCAAGGGUUGCCAUGCGCCAGAAAUUUGCAAGCAUUCUACUACCAUGGGGUUGUGAAUGGCCCCACUUUAGCUCUCUAAUUCUGGGCUACUUUUCCCCACUCCACGCGAGACCACCAUUAAACGCAAGCAUGUACCCAUUUUAUUCCAUAUGGUUCCUUUCAGAUAAUGCUUUGUUCAUGGCGGACAGCACAAACAGUGAAGAGAGGGGGCGGAGCUAACGCCAAGAAUGCAUCACACUCACUCCGAGCUGUCCGUACGGUCCGAGUUCAACAAGCAUGUGGACCGAGGGUGAAAUGCACAGUGCGGGAGCAUCUCAUUUGUGUUCCAGUUGGUCAUAAUUCAAGUUUCCACCAAACACCCACAUUGCACUACUGUAGCGUCCAGGUUUUUAAGUUCCCUUCUGAUAUAGAUUGAGCACAGAAAAAGUAGGCGGUUUCGCAUAGAUGUUUGCGUUCUAUUUGACUGCUCAGAUUUCCAUUCUUCCGCGGCCGUCCUGGGGCUCCUCAAGAGCGAGGAGUUUCCCCCCAGCAGGACAGAGACAGCUGGCUGCUUUGAAAACCUCCGAGCUCCUCAUUUGACUACCAAACGCAGAGGAGUUCAUGGCAUUGCUCUCUUGGCAGUGCACACUUUAACAGAGCAAUAACCUGGGGCUGGGGAGAGCGUGUCGGAGAGAAGCAACAUCUUCGUGAGGUGUGUGUGCCUUUACAGUUGGAUUCAACUACAGGUCUUCCACUCAGGUGUACAGAAUGUGAUCUACUACAAAAAGUAUGUACAGGGUUUUGAUGUUCUAUUAGAGAGACUAUAUUUAAAUUUACAAUCGUUAACCAUCAGUCUUUUUUCCAGCUUACAAUCUUAAUGAAUGUACUUUCGCAGACUUCAGGGAGACCAGCUUGCAGUAGUAAUUACCUGGAGCAAUAAAACGCACGUGUUCAACUGUUUCUCACUGGUCUCUUGUCCAUCAGUCAUAUUAGCUUUGUUAUACCGCUGUUACUUUUGCUUUACCUCAGAUGUACAAGGUAUUUUGACAAUACUAAUUUGAGUGGUUAUUUAAUAA